CCUUCCCUCCAUGAUCUGAAUGGUGGUACGAGGGGAGGGAGGGUCGUUUCUAGCCGCACAUGCUGUGGAACUCCGCUGGCUGUGGUGUGCUCUGCCAUUAUCUACUCCAGGAGUACCCAGAAUAUUAGGAGAACCAGUGGUCGUUUAGUCGAAAUUACUAGCAAUACCCGAAGCCAGUAUCCUCCAAAACCACUCAUCAGUCACUGAGGCAAUCCCGAGCUUCCGGCAAUCCACUCUUACUAAGAACGUUUCAAGUUGAAUCCUAAUCAACUGACUGAAAGCAGUCGCCGUCGCCGAUACAUAUCAUGAUGAGCUCCCCAAUGAUGGACCGAGCAGCAGGCCACCUGCCGCGGCCGCCGUCACGCCCCUCCAAGUCCCUUUCAAACGUGUCGCCUUUGGAGUCGGCGACUCAAGGUCGGCUGGCGGCCGCCGGUUCUGCAGAGUCUGCGGCGCCAUGGGCCGCCGCACUUGCCGCAGGCCAUCUCCUGCAGCUCAGAGGAGACGUUUACCUUCCCCCUUCCGCCGCCCCCCAGCAUCAUCUGGCGCGGCCCGCCGAUUCCCGCCACGAAAGGGGAAUAGUACUAGCUUCCGCAGAGAAGCCAGUGGGCAUUGACAAGUCCCCCGCAGGGGAGGAGCGGCGCGCUGGUGGGCUGAUUCUCGAGGAGCAGCGGCGCUGGCGGGCUGGGGCACAGGCACGCGAUGAGCGGCGGUGGCGAACGCCUGAGUCCGGGGCUUUGGAUGAUCAUGGUGAUGGUGGCUCCUCAGAGGAACAGGUGGUGCUGUUGUUUCAGAGAUUAGAGAGGGAGCAGCAGUCAAGCGGAGUGCAGUCACUCCUCGCCGAAGCAGCCGCCCAGACGCCGCCUCUCGCGCGGCUAGCUUCUCCCGGCCGCCGGCAGCCUUCUGCUAGAGUUACUCCUAUUAACGGCAAUCGUGUUACAAAUAGUGUUGGUGAGCACCAGGCAGUGGCGGAUGGGCGGCGAUUGCAGAAAUGGGUUCCGCAAAGGAGUCUCCCCCCCACUGCCGUGUGUGAUGGUGAUGCUAGUGGUGAUGGUGGGGGUGAAGGUUGCACUAGGGUUUGCCAGCAACUCACAACCGUAUAUGAUGAUAAUGGUAGUGAAGCAGUGGGCUGUACUAAGGCGGGUGGGCAGCAGAGGGAUUCACGGGUCAGUGGAAUGGGGCGCACUGCGGUGGCACUCCCACUGCGACCGGAGGCAGUUGGGGGUGGGGAAGCAGCAGGGGUGGGAGAUGGGGAAGGAAACAGAGGGAUGACUAGUCGGAGGAGAGGCAGAGCACGGAGCAUGGAAGGCGUGGUAGCUAGAUUGAGGGAGCAAGGCGGCCGUGAAGCCGAGGCUGGCCAGCCAGUUAGUGGGCCAGGAAUACUAGUAGUAGAGGAGGCAGCAGUCGUUCUUGAGAAUGCUCAAAAGUCACCUGCAGUCAUUCCUCUGGCUGUAGGGUCUGCUGGGGGGGUAACGGAGGGGCCUGUUCUGCCCGUAGAAGAGGGAGGAGAGAGAGGAUGCAGUCAGGAGGGCAGAGAGAAGGAAGGGAGAGGGGAGGGCGUGGGCGUGGGCAGUGCGGAAGGGAGGGAAGGCGAGUGCGAAGACGGGAGAGCUGAGAUGGUGAAGGCGAGUGGUGAGAAGGCGGAGGUAGGAACUGAAGCAAAGGAAGGGGCAGAAGGAGCAGGGGGGAGGGGUGGGAAGCGACGGGCGGGUGCAGCAGCAGCAGAGCCAACUGCUAAGAGAGCGAAGGGGCGGGUCAUCUUGAAGGGUGCUGGGUCGCCCGAGUGUAUUUUUGAGGCGCCUCAAAAGAAGGGGCGGGACAUGUUGAAGGGUGCUGGUUCGCCCGAGGGAAUUCGAGCAACAGAGGCAGCAGCUAGACUGGCAGCAGAAACAGCAGCUAUGGAAACCGUGGCAGCAGGAAGAGCGGCAGGAGAUGGGGUUUCAGGAAACGCGGGAAUGGAGUCAACGCCCGCCCCCACGGCAGCGGCCCCGGCCAUAGAAACAGCAGAAGAAGCAGCAGCAGAAGCAGCAGCGGAAACAGGAGCAGAAAGAGCAGCAGCAAGUACAGAGGCAGGAGCAGCAGCGGCAGCAGCUCCUGUAAUAUUGGCUGUUGGUGGUGAUAUUGCUGGUGGUACUGGUGGUGAUGGUGGUGAUGGUGGUGAUGGUGGUGAUGGUGGUACUGGUGGUGCUGGUGGUGCUGGUGGUACUGGUGGUGCUGGUGGUGCUGGUGGUGGUGCUGGUGGUGCUGGUGAUGCUGGUGGUGCUGGUGGUGGUGCUGGUGGUGCUGGUGAUGCUGGUGGUGCUGGUGGCGCUGGUGGUGACGGUGAUGGUGCGGGUGAUGGUGCUGGUGCGGGUUGUGCCAGUGGCGGGGCGCAAAGUCGGGCUGCGGGGCAGAACGAGAGGGCAGCAGAAAGGGAGGGACGGGGGGAGGAGGAGCGUAAGGGGGCUACACAAUGUAAGCAAGAGCUGGUGCAAUGCAAGCAGGAGACUGAACGUAAGGAGGAGGAAGUGCAAUGCAAGCAGGAGGUGAAGUGGGAGUGGGAGGACGAGUGGUUGGUGGGUGCUGACUGCAGCAGGAGGCGGCCGCGCUGCCGCAGUGUGACGGACCUCAUGAAAGCCACUGCACGGGGUGGCCGCACUCGUGCUCCCAGCAAAAAACCCACUGCUGCCGCAACCGCUGCUGCUGCCGGCGCAACCAUUGCUGCUGCUGUUGCUGCUGGCAGUGCUGCUGCUGCUGCUGCUGCUGCUGCUGCUGCCGCCCCGUGCUCAUCCGUGGCUGCUGGUUCGGGACCGCUCCUCAAUCCGCCAGCCAAAGGCGCAAGGGACGUGCCCCAGAAAAGCAGGGGUGCGAAGGGGAAGUAUAAGGGCAGAUGGCGCGGGGAGAAGGGCACAGCUGCUCUAGCGAAGGGGAAGGCUCAGCAGAAGGAGAUUAAGCAGGAGAUUUGCGGGACAACUAUGAGCCGGUUGAAUUCCUCGCCCUCUGCCUCUGCUGCUCUUUCCGUUGCCAGUGCUCCCACAUCUAGCCCUGCGGUCAACGCAUCCCAUUCUAGCCCUGCUACUAGCGGUGGUUCGCCCUUCCAGCCUGCUACUAGUGCUGCAUUUCAGCCGGCAGCUUCUGCUGCCCACGCCGCUGGUGCUGCUGGUGCUGCUGGUGCUGCUGAUACUCCUGAUGCUCCUGAUGCUGCUGAUUCUGCUGAUGCUGUUGGUGCUGCUGGUGCUGCUGGUGCUGCUGGUGCUGUUGCUGCUGCAGCGGCCGUUCCUGUCACUUCCAGCGCAAGUGAGCGGCACUUUCAGAUUGACAACCAGAACCGUAUCCCUCCGGCAUCCAAGAGGACUUUCGAGUCGACUCAAAAGUCAUCUCCUGUCACAUCUGGCACGGGUGAGCGGCACAAUCAUGGGCUUCAGCGUGUCCCUCCGGCGUCCAAGAGGAGACGCACAGAGGUCCAGCAGGUGGGGCGAAUCGACUCGGCUCACCGAGUCGUACGUAGCGUAGAGGCCCCUCGGCAGGUGGGUCGAGCACCGGUGGGGAGAACUGACUCGACCGAACGAGCGUGUGAGGUGCCCUGGCAGGUGGGGGGGACUGAUUCGACUGGGCGAGAAAGAAGCACAGAUGUGCCUCGCCAGGUGGGGAGGGCACCGGUGCGGAAACGGGAAAGAGCGGGCUGUAGUGGGGCGGACAGAGCGGAUGGAAGGGAGGGAGGAGAGAGGGAUUCGAGUGUUGCCAGCGCCGGUGGGAGCGAUGGUGACAGAGUGAAGAGCGCACAGGGGGGUGAGAGAGACUCUGCUGCGUGCUUCGAGAGUGAUACUGCCGUUGGUCAUGCCAUGCCUCCCACGCCUUCCAAAGCACCAGUGCCUACUUCUUCCCACCCUUCCCACCCCUCCCACCCCUCCCUCCCUGCCCCUACUCACCCCUCCCCCUCCUGCCCGUUGCCUCGAGUCCACUCACAUGCGCCCCCCCCACCUCCUUCCUCCUCCUCCCAUUGGGUACCCUCCUCCCCCUCCCCUCCUCUCCCCAUCCGCGCUCACCCCUCCCCCUCUCCCCCUCAUCACCCCCCCUCUCCUGCUUCCCCACUACACUCCCCUCUGCGUACUUCCCCUGCCCUCCCUACUGCUUCAUCCCGGGGGGAUGGAGUGAUAAUACGGGGAGGGUUGGCUAGAGCGGAGCAGCAGGAGCAGGGGGGGAGAAGCAGGGUGCAGUGGCAAGUGAGAAAGCGAGCAGCCGUGGUGUUUACUGCUAGCAAAACAACAGUUAUUCUAGGGGAAGGAUUGGAUGAGGAGGAGAGGCAGGCAGCAUUUGCAGGGGCGGUGCAGUUACUAAGUCACCACCAGGCGAACAGGCUGAAGCAGAAGGGGUAUGGCAAGGGGAGAGGUGGUAGUGGGAGAGGGAGAGGGAGAGGGAGAGGCAGGGGAGGGAAGAGAGGAAGCAGGUGGGGGGAAGGGGGGGGCGCAGGGCAUGGGGAGGGAGGAGAGGGGGGUGGAGGGAUGGGAGGGGGGGGAGGAACGGAAGCAGUGGCGGAUCCUUUCGCGUAUGAUAUAGAGUGGGAGGAGAAGAGGAGUGUGGAGGGCAGUGAUGAUGGCGGUUCAGGUCAAUGGGCGGGGCAGGGAGGAAAGGGAGCAGGGCAAGAGAGGGAGGUGGGGGAGGUGGGGAGAGUGCACGGAGAAGUGAGGUAUGAGGUGAGCCGGGUGCGCGGGGGGCAGCAGUUUACAGUCACGGACAGGCAGACAGGAGACAGGAUAGCGUUUGCCUUUGAUGCGCCGGAGGAGACGGCAGCAGCGCUGGCGAGCGUGCGGGUGCUGGUGGCGUUUAUAGAGGGGGAAGAGGAGAGGCUGCACUGGCAGUUGCUCACUUCAACAUGACGCUUUAAGGUGGUAAACUCACAGACAGGCAGAUGGGAUGGGAGACAGGAUAGCGCUUGCCUGGGCCUGAUGAGACAGCAGCAGCACUGGCCAGUCGAUCAAGUGCUGUUCAAGUGCUGGUCUCGUUUAUAGAGGGGGGAGAUGAGAGGCUGAUGUGGCAAUUUUUUUAGGCCAAGUAAUUAUUUAAUAGUAGGCAUUUUUUUCCUGUUGAGGCGGCAGACAGUUAGAGACUGGGUUAGAGCAUUCUUGAUCGUCUUAGGGCAUGUUCCUACACUGCUUGUAGCUCACUUGUUUCCAUAAGGAUCA